GGCAGAGAAGACGAGGAGGCUGACUGGAGGAUGUGGAGCGGCUGAGGAGACGGCAGAGAGCGACUUCUGUGACUCAAACAGGUGGACAUGCUGUCGUUCGACGAUACUUCCCUGGGCCCGUCCAGUGGCUCCUUCAGUUCCAGGUGGGAGGCCGACAACAUCAAGUCAGUGAAGCGCGGCGACAACGCGGCCCUGCGCCACAUGCCUCAGUUCGCGGCCGAGAAAGAAGGAGGACUGAGUGAAGAGGAGGAGGGCAGCGGAAGCCUGAGAAGAAGAGGUGCGAGGAAGGCCAAGCUGAAUCAAGGCCGACUGGACCGGGUCCGACAGAGGCGCAUCGAGGCCAACGCCCGGGAGAGAAACCGCAUGCACGGGCUGAACAGCGCCCUGGACACCCUGAGGAAAGUGGUUCCCUGCUACUCCAAGACGCAGAAGCUGUCCAAAAUCGAGACUCUGCGCUUGGCCAAGAACUACAUCUGGGCUCUCUCAGAGAUCCUCAAUUCAGGGAAAAGGCCGGACCUGCUCACCUUUGUCCAGUCACUGUGCAAAGGUCUCUCCCAGCCCACGACCAACCUGGUGGCCGGAUGCCUGCAGCUCAACGCUCGCAGCUUCCUCUCCGACUGCUCCUCCUUCCCUCUGACGCCCGAGGCGGUCGGUCUGGGCCCGGCAGACGGCGGCAGAACCGUGACGCCGUACAGCACCAGAUACGAGUCCUUGUACAGCAGCCCAUCCCCCGGCUGCCCGAGCCCCGAGGCCGUGGGGAGACUCAGCCCUGCGCUGAAUUUGAACAGGAUUUUCUCCCUAAAGCAGGAGGAGGUGGCAGAGUACCGCAGCUGCCACCUGGGCCUGCGGCUCUGCUCCAUCGGUCAGGGCUCCUCGGCGGAGCUCGGCCCGUACGGCAUCCAUCUGCGGGACCAGUUGUAUCAGGUGCAGGAGCAGUUGAGCAAGCCCUUUCACACUUAGCACGACAAAUGCUGCAGUCUCAUGAAGCGAAAGACAAGAUGUGGACUGAAUGUUGCUGUGAUUCUGAUGCCGAUUCUGGGUCCUGUCAUGUCCAUGUCUCAGACUGAAGACCAGUCCCCCGUAAACUCACUCACUCACCUGUCCCUCGGUAGCCUCGGUAGGCCGAACAAACCAGUUUAAUCUCUAAUAAAACACUGAACAAACAGCAGAUCUCACACCGUUGGAAGCUCAAGACGCACGAUGGAAUCCCUCCAGCUCCCUGAAAUGAACACAGCCAAGAAUUUGUCGAAUGUGAGGCGGGAAAAGACCCAAAAAUCUGUUCUGCAGCCCCCUCCCACCCCCUCCACUGAGGGACAUGUAAUUUAAUUAGUUCUCUGUCCAAACAAGCCGAGAGAUCUAUGCAACCCAACAUAACACUCCCGUGCUUCAUACUGAGGUUAUGAAUACAGGUCAUCUGGGGUCACUUCCCGUCAGUCCUCCACCUGGACCCCCUGAUCUGGAUCCUCCUCUCUAGUCACACCUUCAUGUGUUCUCUCAUCAUGAACCUCACUGGGUGUCUUCCGACUCUUCACCUCCCACAUUCUUGGUCCAACUCCGUCUCUCCUCUCCAAACCAUGCGUCCUCUCUACCUUCUCCACGUGUCCCUCUGAUGCACCCAUUUCUGGGUCUUGUCCUGUCUAGUGACCACCUCAGAGUCGUCAUCUCUGAGCAGUGAAACGCUUCAAGACCGAACCGUGCAUCACACGACUGUCUUAUACAGCGUCACUUCACCUCCCAGGAGAGUUAUGUCGUGAAUAUGAACAAGAAGGAGGAGUAAUGACUGAGAGUUCCAUGUUUAGGAUCCACCUGAAGUCGACAAAAGUGUAAUGUAAAGUGGGAAUGAAAUAAACCUCUUCUCUUCUCUUGAUCUUUGUCCAUUACUCUCAUGUUCUGACAUCGAUCCUCCUCGCCCUCCUGCCUCGCUCUCGUCCACACAUGUAUUCCUCCACUUGGAUUCCUCCUCUCCUUCACCUCCUCUUUGCACUCAUCACUAUAUCAUCAACAGACAUCAUGGUCCAUGGGGAAUCCUCCACCACUUCAUCCGCAUAGCAUAAAUAAAUAUGAAUGUAACUGUAUAAAUGUAUUUAACAUAUAACUGAAAACAUAUAAUAACAUAAAUGAAAAUGGCAUCCUUGUCAUUCAUCCAUUCAUUGAAGUGUUUUCCUCUUGUGUAUAAUAUACAGUUGUAGCUCGGAGUCUGUCUAUUUAUGAGGAACAUAUGUUACAGUGAAAUAUCAUCACGAACUGAAGGUGUCAAGCCUGUUUCAUUCAUUAAGUCUGUUUUUCUCUUUCAUGAAUUGAAAGUUCAAACAAUCUCAGUAAGAUUUUUUUGGA